CCCGCCUGCCUGCCAAGAUAUCGAGAUGUAGGUGUGUGUGGUACGCGAACCAAGCAUCGGUGUGGAUAUUUUGCAACUAAAUCGCCUCCAAAAGGCAAACGUUUCCAUGCCCCUUGACGAGUGCAUGAGUCGGGAUGUCUGCCAACGAUUGGUAUGCUCACAAAUCGCUCGGAGAUGGCAUGUACUGGAUCCAGGAGAGGUUCUACGAGUCUGAAAACCGUGCAAAUAUCUGGCUGCUGCGCGGCUCGCACCAGGACGUGGUGAUAGACACGGGGCUGGGCUUGAAGAGCUUACCUGACUACAUCACCUCCAAGGGGCUCCUAGGGGCCGACCCGCAGAGGAAGAACCCGCUGCUAGCCAUCGCCACCCACGCCCACUUCGACCAUUCCGGGGGCCUACAUCAGUUCCAACAAGUGGGCGUCCACAGUGCCGAGGUCGAAGCCCUGGUCAACGGAGACAACUUCGAGACGGCCACCUGGCUCAGUGACAGGGAGAUAGUCCAGGCGCCUUUUCCGGGAUGGAGGGCAAGGCACUACAAGGUGCAUGCGGUGCAGCCUACACACAUCCUGCAGGAGGGCGACGUCAUCAACCUGGGCGACCGGCAGUUGACGGUGCUGCACAUGCCGGGCCACUCGCGGGGCAGCAUCUGCCUGCACGACGGCGACCACAAGCUGCUGUUCAGCGGGGACGUGGUCUACGACGGCGCCAUGAUCGACUGGCUGCCCUACAGCCGCGUCAGCGACUACAUCAGCAGCUGCGAGCGCAUCGUGGGCCUCGUGGACAGCGAGCAGGUGGACCAGGUCCUCCCGGGUCACUACAACACCUUCGGCGCCAAGCGGCUCCACCGCAUCGCCACGUCCUACAUCAGCCGGGCCGGGACCUGCCCCGCCAAGUUCUCCACCUUCGCCUGGAGGACUCUGGCCGGGGUGGCGCUGAGGGCCUCCAACCCCCGCAGCGCCUGCUAGCCGGAACCCAGGGACGGAUCAGCCCCGACGGGUAGCACACGAACGCAGAGAACAUGAGAUGUUUGAGUGUUUUAUAAUCUUAUCCAUGAAGACGCACGGGCCGGGGAGGGGGGGAAGCCCUCCCGGUCAUUAUAUCUAGACCUCGGUGUAUUGUUAUGUUUACCUGUAUAAUCUGAAAUAGUUACGAUAGUUGCCAAAAACCUUGAUACGGUUAAGCUCUGAUCGGUUAAAUGGAUCGUUUGAUUAGCACUAUAUGGAUCAUAUACAAUAUUUAUAGGGAGUGUAAUUUAUUGGUUGAAUGUGGUAAGAUGUAUGCUUGUUUUUUUUUUUAUAUAUACUUUUAGGUGUUGAUUGACAUUGCACAUUUAUGGUACAACUCGGCAUUACACACACAGGGAACUCCGGGCACUGCUGAGGUUUAUCUUCCAGGAGACGAUAUGGCCAUAGUAUUCCUCUAUGCAUAUUCCACUGCUCAGUGAAGACUAGGUGACAACUACCUCCUACGUUUGUACUAGUGCUUUGUACUGUUGGCUUGGAAGCAGGAACUAAACGUAAAGCCUCUAUUGUGUGCGUGUGUGCGCGCUUGCCUACACACACAACACAGGGUAUCUGAUGAACAGUCAGGAUUCAUUUAGCUUUUUCUAUUUGAGCCAAGCAUGCAUCUCUAACUGAAUCUCAUACCGAGUGUCUCACCCAAUCAGGAAGCUGAGAGUAACACAAUCACAGAGAACACGAUCGUUUUCUAAAGUCUGCUGAAGCCAGAAGGGGGGCACCUAGUAGCAGACUUGCACAGACCGUGACUUGCUCCUUUCUCCCCCCCCCCCCACACUCCCUGCAGAAAAAUGUCCUCUGUUGCAAUACUGAAUGGCUCAUAUUUUCAAGUUUACCAAGGCAUUGGCCCUGUAUCUAGUGAGUGGAAUAUUACCGUGAACGACCGUAGUAACAGUAGAAAGCAGUAGUAGACGUGAUGUAAAAACAGAAAAGGCAAGACGUAAACGGAUAAAGUAUUUAUUCUUAUUAAUAUUAUUAACAUGUCAUGUUAUUAACGUGUUUGCUCUCUGGGAAUGCGUGCCAGCAGAGCACACCGAAACACAAACACUGUAGCCAGAUGACAUUCAAUGUCAUACUGAAACAAGAAAUCUGUUAUAAUACAAAUGAUAAGUCAUAGGAUGUUAGAGCUCCAUUGUUGACCGAACCAACACCUGAGGUUGAUUUCUAACAGUCGAGGGUUUGAGAUAACUUAAGGGUUUAAGGUUCAGUAAUACAAAUGCUGACGCAUUUGAGAGGUUGAACAGGCUCAUUUAAGAUAGUCUCCUGGAUAGGUUAAUGUACAUAAAUUCAGAACUAAUAAAAAAAAAAGGAAGAUUUGUAGAUUUUGACAUUGAUUUCCACGAACAUUGAAUCGUAACGAAAUGGUCUAACUAAAAGUUACACAAUCCCGUCCUCACCAUUACAAAGAUAACCUAGACAAGAGUUGUAAAUGUAGUGAAUAGUGACCAUAAUAUCUUCAUGUUUUACAAUGGAUCAAAUGCAAGAGUUCUUCCAAUGAAAUACUGCAGGGACUGCUUUAUUACGGCUUUUACUGCUUAAUAAAAUACCACCAUACUUUCACAAGACCAACGAUUUAUUAUGGCUUAUUGUGUCCCGUUCAUUACACAUCACUUUUGUGUAUGUCUUAAUUUUUUUGUGAUUGGAGGUAUGCAUAUAAACAGUACCUCUUAUCAGGUGUACCUCUUAUCAGUACACCUAAUAAGGACAAUUCUAUCUAGACGAGCACUGUAACCACCAUUCCAAUUCUUUUUCAUUCCAAACUGAAAUCAUAUUAAAAAGGAGCACUGUGUAAGAUUAUUCAUUGCUUAUUCAUAGCUGCUCACCAGGGCAGACCCUUUUAAACUUAAUAAAUUCCUCCUUUUACCAUCCCUGUGAGCAUGGCUAAACCACUGUGGCAAUUGGACAUUUAUUUUCAUUAUGAAUACAACAUGCAUAUUUUGGUUAUCAAGCUUUUGCAGAUGAGUCUCUAAAUCUUACACAGUGGCCCUUUAGCUUAUAGCUUACACCAACUGCAAUCGUUCAGAACACUUUGAAAGAGCACAACUCUUCGAAGCAAAUCAUGCAGGACACUGCUUGGGUUUCAUGAGAGCGAGGAGAGAUGGUCACUUCAGUAGAUUACGGGCACUGAAGUAGUUAUCACAGUAAGUACAAGCAAGCUACAAACACACCCUUACUACAGUUAGGCCUUCCCUGACACAUUUAGACACAAUCACAAACCAUUUACUGAAUUUCUUUUUGCAAAUUGAUUCAUGCUCACUUCUGCUCGGGCUACUAACCCUGCAGACAGAGAUGUUGGGGGGGAUGUCAACGAGGAACAUACAGGGUGAGGGUACUGGUAGUGUAUCAAUAGUACACAUCUCUUUUAAAGGUGACAUACCAUACCACCACGUGUGAGUGUGAGCCGUUACAUGCCGUUUUAAAUAUCGGCAUCUUCUGACAUCACUAGUGGGCGUGUCCACCUCGACGGAUGACGGAUAGAUGAGCAAGGUUUGCUACAGUCCACUUGGUAUGCUGGCAGACUGUGAUCUAUCCAGCACA